AUGUCUAAUGAAAAUGCCAAUCAAAACAAACCAAAUACUGCUGGCAACAAGACGAAACGAGAGAGUAGCAAGAACAAAACAAAAGAGAGCGGUAAAUCGAAAGAAAAAAAAUUGACGGUCUUAGAGAGCCACGGGUACACAGUAGGCCGCAGCAUCGGCAGCGGAUCGUACGCUACAGUAAAGAUUGCCCAUUCGGAACGGCACAAAGGCGACGUGGCCAUCAAAAUUGUAUCGAAAGUCCAAGAAGCUGCCGACUACCUGGAAAAAUUUUUGCCACGCGAAAUCGAAGUUGUCAAAGGUCUGAAACACGAGAACUUGAUUAGAUAUUAUCAGGCCAUCGAGACCACGCACCGGGUGUACAUCGUUAUGGAGUUGGCGCCCAAUGGCAGCCUGCUGGAUAUCAUCAAGCGCGACGGUCGAAUAGACGAGGAUCGUUCGCGAAAAUGGUUGAAGCAACUCGUCGGCGCCGUCGGAUACUGUCACGAGAACGGAGUUGUGCACAGAGACAUCAAAUGCGAAAACUUAUUGAUGGACGUCGGCUACAACAUCAAGCUGUCGGAUUUCGGUUUCGCCCGGGCCAACAUGCUCAACAAAAACGGUCAGAUGGCCACGAGCAACACGUUCUGCGGAAGUUACGCGUACGCGUCGCCGGAAAUACUCAAGGGCACGCCAUAUCAACCGGACGCUUCUGACGUCUGGUCCGUCGGGGUAGUGCUGUACGCCAUGGUGUUCGGCACCCUUCCGUUCGACGACACCAACUACCAGAAGUUAUUGAAACAAGUGCAAAACAAAGUGUCGUUCCCGAAAGACAUAAAGGCAUCGGAGGAAGUCAAACAGCUGAUCGUCAAGAUACUGGCACCGCUCCGGGUGCGCUAUAGGAUAUCGCAAAUUAAAAAAGACCCGUGGUGUCAGACGUCCAAAGUUAAAAUACAAAAGAAAAAAGAACCUUCUGCUGCGCCAAAGGUACCGUAA